UUAAAAUAUUAAUUUUUGAUAUAAAUAAUUUCAACUGUCUUCCGACCUGUGGACUUUUUCAAUUAUUUAAUUAGUUACCAAGUUAAGUUAAGUUAAUUAACUAUAGCAAGUCAGUCAGUCAGUCAGUUAUCAUUGUCUAUUUCUCCUCAUUCCGUUAAACAGACAAAAAUUUUGUUACAGGAAGCAGAAUAAAAUAGUCGAGUCCUGCACAUACUGCCCCACUCCAAAACACAAUCAUCAUCAAUUUAUUUGCAUCCCCUGGUGGUCAAUUUAUUCGAUAGUUUCUAUCAUCUUCCUCUUUCUUCUUUCUUCUUCUUGUUACUUCCUAAUAACUACUCCAGGUGAAGAUGAAUAAUCCUUUCAGACAUCACAGAAAAUCAUCUUCAUCAGAUAAUGAUCCUUUCGAUGUCCCUGAAAACUAUUAUGGAGAUUUAACUAAUCCUGCUAAAGCUAAUAAAGAUUCAAAAGUGGGUAGAGUUCGUACUUUCUCCGUCAUUGAAAAUACUCCUAGAAAUCAAUUCUUUAAUGAAUCAUUCUUUCAUAAUCGUCCUGAAACAAUUAAAGAAUCUCCUUCUAGUUCUUCCAGUGAUUUAUCUCAAUCUCCAACCCCAGUUCCAGAAUUAUUUCGAAAACCUUCUAUCGUCCCCCUAUACGCUGCUGCAGAUGAUCCCUUAUAUGCCGUGAUCAAUGAUGAUGAAGUGGUAAAUCUGCAAGAAUCCAUCAAUCUUACUAAUGUUCAACCUGGUGCCGCUAAUAAAUUCCAUUAUAGAAGAGCAUCUGUUGAUGAUGCCUUUUCUAAACCUAAGAAAUUUUAUAUUGCUGAUAUUAAACUGACAUUAAAGGAACUUUUGGAUAAUGAAGAUACCGAUCAUAAUUGUCAAAUUACCAUUGAAGAUACUGGUCCAAAAGUAUUACGAUUAGGUACUGCUAAUUCAAAUGGGUUUAAACAAGCUUCCAUUAGAGGAACUUAUAUGUUAUCUAAUCUUUUACAAGAAUUAACCAUUGCGAGAUUAUUCGGUCGUGAUCAAAUGAUUUUAGAUGAAGAAAGAUUAAGUGAAAACCCCGUUGAUAGAAUGAAACGAUUGAUUUCCACUCAAUUUUGGAAAUCAUUAACUAGAUGUUUAACUAAAGAUAAUGUUUAUCAAAUGUCCAAAGAUACAAAAUUAAAAGAUGAAUAUAUAAAUGAAGAUGGAUCAAUCACAUUAAAGGAAAGUCAUCGUAUUUAUAUUCCAUAUAAUCGUAAAGAUCAAUUCGAUUAUUAUUCAUCUUUCAAACUGGAAAAUCCCGAUGUCGAUCUUGAUAUUGUUUAUUUACCGAAAGUGAUUGAUGCUGAAUAUAUCAAAUCAAUUAAUAAAAGACCCGGUUUAUUAGCCUUAUCAUCCUCCAUUAAUCCUACUUCCGGUGAAGUGGUCAAUCAACCUUAUGUCGUCCCCGGUGGAAGAUUUAAUGAAUUAUACGGUUGGGAUUCAUAUAUGGAAACCAUUGGAUUAUUAACUGAUGUAACUCCAAAUCAUAAUUUACAACAUUUAACCUUAGCAAGAGGAAUGACGGAAAAUUUCAUUUAUGAAAUUUAUCAUUAUGGAAAAAUCCUUAAUGCUAAUAGAUCAUAUUAUCUUGGUAGAUCUCAACCUCCCUUCCUUACUGAUAUGGCAUUAAGAGUAUUCCAUAAGACUAAUGAAGUUUAUCCUGAUAAAAAAGAUGAAACUCUUGAUUUCUUACAAAGAGCAACCAUAGCAGCUAUUAAAGAAUAUAAAACUGUUUGGUGUGCUGAACCAAGAUUAGAUGUUGAAACCGGCUUAUCAUGUUAUCAUCCUACUGGGGUGGGAAUUCCACCUGAAACUGAACCCACUCAUUUCAAUGCCGUUUUAAAACCAUAUAUUGAAAAAUAUAAUAUUGAUCAAACGGAAUUCAUUGAGAAGUAUAACGAAGGAGUCAUAAAGGAACCUAAAUUAGAUGAAUAUUUCCUUCAUGAUCGUGCCGUUCGUGAAUCUGGUCAUGAUACAAGUUAUAGAUUAGAAGGUAGAUGUGCAUAUUUAGCUACGGUUGAUUUGAAUUCCCUUUUAUAUAAAUAUGAAAAUGAUAUUGCCCUUAUUUUAUCCACUUAUUUUGGAAAUAAAUUAGAAAUUGAUUUUGGUGAUGGAGAAAUUAUAUUAGAAGUUUCCGAAAAUUGGAUUGAAAAGGCAAGACAAAGAAGAGCCAAUGUUGAUAAAUAUCUUUGGAAUGGAGAUGAUUCAAUUUAUUAUGAUUAUAAUAUUAAAACCAAAACUCAAAAUAAAUAUGAAUCAGCAACUACAUUCUGGCCCUUAUGGUCGGAAUUAUCUACUCAACAACAAGCUGAUAAAAUGGUUUCGAAUACAUUAUAUAAAUUAGAAGAAUUCGGAGGGUUAGCAGCAGGGACCGAAACUUCAAGAGGUGAUAUUAAUUUACAUCGUCCAUCUCGUCAAUGGGAUUAUCCUUAUGGUUGGGCACCUCAACAAAUCUUAGCCUGGAUUGGAUUAUCUAACUAUGGAUAUCAUGGUACAGCCCGUCGUUUAGCUUAUAGAUGGCUUUUCAUGAUGACAAGAGCUUUUGUUGAUUAUAAUGGGGUAGUGGUUGAGAAAUAUAAUGUUACAAAGGGAGCUGUACCUCAUAAAGUUGAUGCUGAAUAUGGUAAUCAAGGAGUUGAUUUUAAAGGGGUUGCAACGGAAGGAUUUGGAUGGGUUAAUGCAAGUUAUCUUUUUGGAUUAACGUUUAUGAAUUUACAAGCAAGAAGAGCAUUAGGAACAUUGACCCCACCCGAUGUAUUCAUUGCUAAGUUAACCCCUGUUCAAAAGGAACAAUUUGACGAUAGUAAGUAAGUAAGUAGUAUAUAUCUUUAAAUACAUCAUACAUAUAUAGUUUAUAAUAUAGAGUUUGGGAUUUUUAUAUAUAUGAUUACAU